AUGUUUAAAAGAAAGGACAAAAGAACUCAGAACAAACACCCUUCUUUACCCGUCCCUGGAACAUCGAGAGACCCAGGUACCAUUGGAACAAGUGAAUAUGACCCCAACGUACCUAGAGUAUCAUGGAGAAAACGCUGUUGCAACUAUGUAUAUGACAGAGAAAGAAAAUUAUUCUGUGGCAGAACUUGUAAAAGCUGGUUGUACAUUAUUCUCUAUUCCAUUAUGUAUCUCGUCUUUUUGAGCACGUACACAAUGAUAUUCCUCUUUGGUUCCUUAUCAGUGAUUAAAAUUCUCGAUGACUAUCAAACUAUUGACAAAGUUGAACUCCUAACUUACUCGACCAAUGGUAUUGGUCUAACAGCCACUCCGACCGCAUUAAAUAACUACCCAAUUAUUUGGUACAGGAACGAUCCUAAAGAUUACGCAAAAUAUGUGAAUGAACUGGAAAAUUUAUUUAGUAAACGAAGAAAAAGAGAAACUAAGAAUAGUACAAACUUGGGUUCAUGUAGUUCAUCACCAUUUGGUUAUGGAACCAGUCCUUGUAUUGUCAUAAGAAUAAAUAAACAGCUAAACUGGUCAGCGAAACCGUUAGAAGAAGAUAAGGCACAUAAAAUAAACGCCCCAUUAAAGGUAAAGAAAUGGAUAAAGAUGGGUCAAAAGUUAUGGUUAUACUGUGAAGGGAUACAUUCCUAUGAUAAGGAACAUUUGGGGAUAAUCACAUACUAUCCUGACCCUCCAGGAUUUGACCCAAAGUUAUUUCCUUUGAACGAGCAUGCGGAUUCCCCUUUGGUGGCUGUGCAAAUUUCUAAUUUCACAAUAGGCAUAUCACUUGCCAUUAAAUGUAGCCUGUGGUACAAUGAAGGAGUAUCCACAAUUGAAUACAUGUUGUAUGUUACACCUAAGAAAAUGAGAAAUUUACGAGAUAUGUAG